AUGGCUGCCCUCCAGCCUUUGGUGAAGCCCAAGAUAGUCAAAAAGAGGACCAAGAAGUUCAUCCGGCAUCAGUCAGAUCGAUAUGUCAAGAUUAAGCGAAACUGGUGGAAACCCAGAGGUAUUGACAACAGGAUGCGGAGAAGAUUCAAGGGCCAGAUCCUGAUGUCCAACAUUGGUUACAGGAGCAACAAGAAAACCAAGCACAUCCGGAAGUUUCUGGUCCACAACGUCAAGGAGCUGGAGGUGCUGCUGACAUGCAACAACUCUUACUGUGCUGAGAUUGCUCACAGUGUUUCCUCCAAGAACCGAAAAGCCAUCAUAGAAAGAACAGCACAGCCGGCCAUCAGAGUCACCAGUCCCAACACCAGGCUACGCAGCGAAGAGAAUGAGUAG